UUCUCUAGAGACCGACGCUGCUGGCAGCAGAGAAGUGUAUUGUACGGCUGCUGUUCUGUAGCACUCGAGCCUUGUUUUACGUUUAAUUUGAGAAACAAAUAAAAAAUGACGAGUUUAAGUCGUUUAGAAAGAGUAGGCACAAUAUUUACUAGAACACAAAAUCUGAUUCGUUCAGGAGUUAUUAAAGAUGCAGAUAAACCACUAUGGUAUGAAGUGAUGGCAGCAUUUCCACCAAUGGAGGAACCCAAAUAUGAAAGAAAAAUCUCUGAUGAUUGGCCAAGGGAGAUUCUAUACAAAGAAGAUAAGGUUAGAGCUUACUUCUACAAAACCUUUCGAAACAGACAGACAAUUGAUCUAAGUAAGCCUGAUGCUUUUAAGCACACAACAUGUUACAAAUUUAUUACUAAGUACCAAGAACUUGAUAAAUCAAGAGACGGAAAAUCCGAUGAGGACCUACUUAAGGAAGUGGAAGAAGCACUUACCAGUGAAGGUGUCAUUUUACAACGGUUUUUACAAAAGAAUUCUCAGUCACAGGUACAUGAUAGAUCUGAAACAGAACGGCCCAAUCAGGAGACUGCACCAUCCUGAGGUUUAACACAUGAAUGGCUGGAACGAAUCAGGGAGAAGAUAUUGAUGAACUAACAGUUGAAGCAGGUGACAUAAACCACUAAAACAACAAACAGUAUUAACACCAUAGCAGUAUACUUCACAUGCCUUUGUAUUAAAGGGGAUUCUACAUUAAAAUUUAAAUUUAAAAACAUGAUCACUCCCUUUCUGAUAGAAUUUUCCUCAGCUUGGUUGUGAUAAACAAGCAUUGUAAAGUAGCUCCACAAUCAUAAAUGUUGAUACCUGUAUUACUCAAAUUAGACAAUGCUGCAGCAUAUUAUUAUUUAGGCUCACUGUUUAGUAGAAAAUAUAAUAUUUAUGUAUUCUUACAUCUGUAAGGUUUUUAUUUCACUAAAAUUUGCUGCCUUAUCCAUGAAAUUUGAAUUGAACCCACUUUUCAUUUUUACCAUAGUAUUGUUAAUUUGCAUUUUAUUUACAUGCUCCUGGAAAGGCAUUGAACUUAUGAAUAUUAAUGAGUUCUUUGAAACUGACUAUCAACUAAGUAAAACAAUGAUUACCUGAAGAACAUAAUUUCACAUACUAUUUUAUUUCGGAGAUUCUCUUAUGCUAUAUACUGUAUUUGUGACUUUUUCAAAUAAUGGACCUUUCCGAUAAGCACCAUUCUUUGGAUAGUGUUGCCACAUUCCCACAAAUCAAUAGCGUAAAAUGUAUGUAAACAUGUGCGUUUGUGGGAAAACGUGUAUUUGUAGGACACGCGCAUAUUCCAGGCUCUGUUCUGAUUGGUCAUUUGUUAAGUUUGAUUGACACUGUGGAAAGAUCCAUUUCACUAAAGGUGUGAGGAAUAAAUGACACAAAGGAAACUUUCACUCCAGCAUCUUCCUCCCCUCCCCCCACCCCUUUCUGUGUAAUGCAAAGAAACACAAAAUGAGGUACUGUACAACAAUCAAAAUAAAAUUUAUAAAACAA